UGUUCAGACUCCUAAGCCUUCCCUGAAUCCUACUGGGCAGGAGAGAGUUUGUUGUCGGUAUAACACAUCUCUGUUUGCCAUCGGCUUCGAUGACGUGUUCUUCUUCCACACGCCGCACUCUUCCGGCAUUUCCAAAACCUUCAGACUCACAACAUUUGAAGAUGCGGAUCCAGACUGUAACUUUGACCAGCUAGACGACACCCCCCCUCCCUCACGUCUGACCUCUGACCCCUUCAGACUGCAUGAACAAGAGCGCUCAGUGGAGAUUAAUCACGAAAUUGUCAAGGAUCAGAAAGGCGGGAAAAUUCACACCAAAUCAACACAAAAAGACAUGGAAGGCAGCGAGAAUAAAACCGAGGUCGGCGAGGUGUGGUUUGAAGGGCAAGAACUGAUACCCGAGUACGCUCUCCCUGGUCCAUCUAACCUACACUGUGUGCUCAAUGGCGGGAAGAAUUUGAGCUGUAGCUGGGAUCUCAAAACAGAUCUGACCCGGUACAUCAUCUACACGCUGUCCUACCGGACACACUCCACUGCGCUGGCUGAGUGGUACUGCGUUGAGAAGGUGCAGGUCACAAAUGAAGGAGGCUUUUUGAGGACGGUUGGUGUUUUCAGCAUCUUUGAGCCGGGAGUGCUGCAGGUGCGACUCACGCCAACGCCGGUGACCAAAGUGAUCCGCGCUUACCAACACAUCCAGCCCGCGUGUCCCACGGGUCUGAGCGUUGAACUGAGAGGAGAAGGCUGGAUCCUGAACUGGACUCUGACUAAGUACCGUACUGUACCUCUCACUACUGAACUCAAGUACUGGAGCAUACUAACUCCUGAGGAUGUAAAGAGCAUCUUUCUCUCUGAUGGAGAGAUGGCGUUUGCUAUAUCAGAGCGUUCUCUCAAGGGUUCCUCAGAGUACCAGGCUCAGGUUCGCUGUAAUGUGAGCUCAACCAGACGUUCAGGAUGGCGUUACACUGGAUAUCCCUCAGAGUGGACCGACCCCGUCUACUGGACCACACAGCCUGAGCCUCUUGCGGCCAAUCUAGUUGCAUUUCUCCUGUAUGUCCUCAUCGCGACCCUCGCGUCAGCCGUCUCCAUCGUAGUUUUCAUCAUUCUGGUUGUUCUUCAGAGAAGACUGAGAGAAUGGGACGUGUCUCUUCCCUCUCCUGUCCACAGCAAAGUCUCAGAGGUGUCACAGCAUCCUCAGAUGGACCACUUACCCUGCUGUACCGAUAUGAAGGAUCCAGAAAUCAGCAACGCUCAGAUUGUAGAUGUCCGUCCGCAGUUUUCCUCAUUCGACUCAGAAAAUACCUUGACCUCCGAUAGAAACAACCGCUGCCGUGAAAUCGAUGGUGAUCGAGUGGUUUUGCAUGUUGAUGAUCCAUGCCUUCAGUCCUCUGGGAAUGUGAUGGGAAUAGAUGGUACAUUCCAGCCCAACUUCCAUGUCCCAGUCCUUCCAUGUUCAGAGGGAUACUUGCCGAAUCCUGCAACUUCUGUCAGCACUACCCAGAAAGCUUGGCAAGAAGAUUGCUCUCUGAAUGUAGAAAUGGAUGAUGGGUACAUGAACUGCCCUGAGCCUGAUUUGAACAGAAGCCCAAAUCUCCAUUUUCUCCAUUCACAAGAUUUAAACACAAAUGUUUUCCAUCCACCCUCAGCAGGAAGUGUUCCAGGAAGAAUAUUAGUGGUUUAUUAUUCAGCAAACAUAGAAGGACACUGAAUAACAAAAGGAAACUCUGGGCUGCUGUUUCCACAGUGACCACCAGAGGGUGGUGUAGUACUACAUUAUCUACUGUAUUUUGAGACUUUGGAUGACGCCAGGGGUGUCCAAUCCUGCUCACGGAAGGCCACUGUUCUGCAGAGUAAACACACCGGGACCAGCUAGUCAAGAUCUUCAGGAUUACGAGGAACCUCAAGGCAAG